GAGAAGAGAGAAAAGAAAGAAAAGAAAGAAAAGAAAGUAGAAGAGAAGAAAGAACCUGAACCAGUUCCAGAGAAAAAGAAAUUUGACAUGUAA